AUGAUGCUUGAAACAAGACAAGGGAAGAAGGAGAGGGUGGGUUAAUAAAAGCAGAAACAAGGCACCCAUGUAAGGAAAGGGUGCUGAACUGGUGGGUGCACUGAUCUAGCAAAAAUUCGAAAUUGUGGACAUGUUACAGACUGCAGAAAUCCAGGCAUGAAAAGAUGAAGGGCAUUAAAUUCUCAUUUAAGUCCUCACCUACACUUGGUCACGUUUGAAGCUGGGAAGUUAAUGGCAUUUAAUGCUCUCUCCCACUUACCAUCACCAUUCCUGCAAUCUUCUCCGUUUCUAUAACCCAUCUUCACCCAUCCACUUUUUUAGUUUUUCACUAAUCGCUUGUUUCUGCAACAUCUCUCAGCUCUCUACCAACUUUAGUAAGAGAAAAGAGAGAGAUUUAAAAAAAAAAAAGAAAUCUGUAAGCUGUUUCAGUAGAUGGUUACAGAAUGAAGCUUUAAAGGUAGAAUCAGUAGAACCUGAUCUUGGGUGUGCCUCUUGCAUCAAAGUUGCGAAGUUGCAGAUUGCAUUCCUGGAACUCAUUUUUGAAGUCCUGUUUAGAGUUGUUACCCAGAAGCAAGAAGGGAUUUUUUUUCUUUUUUUUUUGUAUGGGUCUUGCAGAAGAAGAGCAUCUGGGGAGUUUGAUAUCACAGAAGCUUCUUUUGGACGGAGUAUUUGGCAUUUGGAUCUUAUGAUUUAUCUAAGCAGCACUCAGGUUUCUCAUCUGGGUUUUGAAGAUGGACACCAGGAAAGCAGGUUUUCUUCUCCAAGCUGUAGUGUUGUUGAUGGCCAUUGCAGAUUCAUGGUUGCAGGUGUCUGGUCUGGGCUCCAUGUCCUCAAUCGCUGUGUCUUAUGGCGAGAAUGGUCCUGUUUUCUGUGGUUUGAAGUCAGAUGGGUCUCAUCUUGUGACCUGCUAUGGAGCAGACUCAGCUGUAAUCUUCGGAGCUCCUUCUCGGUUUCCGAUCCUAGGCCUAACCGCCGGUGAUGGAUUUGUGUGUGGGCUUCUAAUGGAGUCCAACCAGCCUUACUGUUGGGGGAGUAGCAUUUACAUCAAAAUGGGUGUCCCACAACCGAUGAUUGAGGGAGCUGCUUAUUCAGAGAUUAGUGCUGGAGAUCACCACAUCUGCGGCUUGAGGAUGCCAGAGAUGGGAAGAAUGCAUGGAAACACUUCCCUAGUUGAUUGUUGGGGUUACAACAUGACAGCCAACCAUGUUUUUAGUGGCAAGAUCAAGGCCAUUACAGCUGGUUCUGUGUUUAAUUGUGGGUUGUUUUCUGAUAAUGGAACCGUUUUCUGUUGGGGUGAUGAAACUAGUAGUGGGGUUAUGGAUUUAAUUCCCAGAGAUGCAAGGUUUCGGAAGAUUUCUGCAGGAGGGUUUCAUGUGUGUGGUGUCGUAGAAGGUGAGAAUUCUAGAGCCAUUUGCUGGGGGAAGAGCAUGAAUGGGGAAGAAAAGACUGCUUAUUUGGGUGAUGGGAAUGUUGAGUUGGUUCCAGAUGAUCCCAUGAUUUCUAUUGUAGGUGGAAAAUUUCAUGCCUGUGGAAUUAAGAGUUCUGAUAAUGGGGUGAUUUGCUGGGGUUUUCACACUGAUAAGAGCACCCCAGCUCCUGGAGGAGUUAAGGUUUAUGAGAUUGCAGCUGGAGAUUACUUCACCUGUGGAGUUCUUGCUGGAAAAUCUCUGCAACCUGUUUGUUGGGGUCUUGGUUUCCCCCCAUCCCUGCCCUUGGCAGUAUCACCAGGCCUCUGCUCGUCUAGUCCUUGCACUCGUGGUUUCUAUGAGUUAAUCCAAGGAAGUCAGCCGUGCAAGGCGCCUAACUCGCAUGUUUGUUUUCCUUGCAGCAAUGGCUGCCCUGCUGAGAUGUAUCAGACUGUGCAGUGCACAACCAAAUCUGAUAGAGUCUGUGAGUUCAACUGUUCUAUCUGUGUCUCGGGCCAGUGCAUAUCCAAUUGUUCUUCUUCCCCUGUAAUGGGAGGGAAAAAGAGAAAUGGUCGAUUCUGGUCUCUCCAGAUGCCAAUUUUUGUUGCAGAGCUCAUCUUUGCUGUCUUCCUGGUAACUGCUGUUUCUUUAACUGCAUUCCUUUAUGUCCGUUACAAAUUACAGAGGUGCCAAUGCUCAUUGGCAGAAUCAAAAGUCACCAAGAACAAUGUGGUUUUGUCUAUCAGCAAAGAGAAUGGUAAAGUCCGACCUGACUUCGAUGACCUUAAGCUCAGGAGGGCUCAGACAUUCACCUAUGAGGAACUCGAGAGAGCUACUGGUGGAUUUAAGGAAGAAUCCCAAGUGGGGAAAGGUAGUUUUUCCUGUGUGUUCAAAGGUAUAUUGAAGGAUGGGACAGUGGUUGCAGUUAAGAGAGCAAUCAAAUCUACAGACCUGAAAAAAAACUCGAAGGAGUUCCACACUGAGCUUGAUCUUCUCUCUAGACUAAACCAUGCACACUUGCUCAAUCUGCUGGGAUACUGUGAAGAAGGAGGGGAGAGGCUUCUGGUGUAUGAGUUCAUGGCUCAUGGGUCAUUGCAUCAACACCUCCAUGGCAAGGACCCAAGCCUGAAAGAGCAAUUGGAUUGGGUUCGAAGGGUCACCAUUGCAGUCCAGGCAGCUCGUGGAAUUGAAUACUUGCAUGGUUAUGCUUGCCCACCUGUGAUUCAUCGAGAUAUCAAGUCCUCGAAUAUUCUCAUUGACGAAGAACACAACGCUCGAGUUGCUGAUUUUGGCCUCUCAUUGCUAGGUCCAGCUGACAGUAGCUCCCCAUUGGCUGAGUUACCUGCAGGGACCUUGGGGUAUCUCGACCCUGAGUACUACAGACUUCACUAUCUAACAACGAAGUCUGAUGUCUACAGCUUUGGUGUCUUACUAUUGGAAAUUCUAAGUGGCCGUAAGGCCAUUGAUAUGCAAUUCGAAGAAGGGAACAUAGUUGAAUGGGCAGUUCCACUGAUCAAAGCUGGAGAUAUAUCAGCAAUCUUGGACCCAGUAUUGAAACCUCCAGAUGAUCUUGAGGCUCUAAGGAGGAUAGCAAACGUGGCAUCUAAGUGUGUGAGAAUGAGAGGGAAGGAGAGGCCAUCCAUGGAUAAGGUGACAACAGCAUUAGAAAGAGCCCUUGCACUUUUGAUGGGGAGCCCAUGUAAUGAGCAGCCAAUCUUGCCUACAGAGGUGGUCUUGGGUAGUAGUAGGCUGCAUAAGAAGUCAUCACAGAGGUCUUCAAACAGAUCAGGCUCAGAUGCAGAUGCAAUCGAAGCUGAUCAGGAUCAAAGGUUUGAGUUUAGAGCUCCUUCCUGGAUCACAUUUCCAAGUGUUGCCUCAUCCCAAAGGAGGAAGUCUUCAGUUUCAGAUGCAGACAUUGAUGGGAAGAAUUUAGAAGCAAAAAACUUGGGUAAUGGGGGUGCUGGUGAUGGGUUGAGGUGUUUGGAGGAAGAGAUUGGGCCUGCUUCUCCUGAACAGAACUUGUUCUUGCAGCAUAAUUUCUAAGAGUUCCAACAGUAUAUUCUGUAUUGUUACUCAAUGGAGGAAAUAGAAAGAAAAAAAAAAGAUUGCAGAUUUGCAUAUCUAAAAACAUGUUUUCUGAGUCUUCUGAUCUUGGUGGGUUUCAAGUAUUUUUUUUUCUUUCUUUUUCUUUUUUGCUUUGGAAGGAAAUGUAAAAAUUGGGAUGGAGCAUGUAGUUUUCUAAAAUUGCUGCUCCCUGUGUUGUUUUGUACUUUUUUGGCAAUUAUUGUGUAUUAAAUUCUAAC